AUGGGUGAAUGAUGAAUGAGCUGUUAAAUCCAAUAUAUACACUUUCUCAUUCUUUACUUUAACCCUUUAUCAAUUAAGUCUCUUGUUUUGAAAAUGUUCUAUGCGUUCACAUAUACUUUGCUGACUAAGCAUAAUACAGUGGAUUGCUGUUUGUGACAAAGUCCUACAUUCUUCCUUUCUGGAAGUUGUUGGUCAGUGUGGAUGGUACUGUAAUGAACUAUUGGUGUUAGUGGGAGCAGGAGAAGGAGAGUCCUCACUGCAUCACCUUAGAGUGGAAAUUCAUGCCACCAUGUAAGCCCUGCCCGGCUGACCCCACAGCCCAGUGUGAAAUUUGACACGGCUCUGGGGUCCCCUUUAAGACAUGCUUUUGCUGUGUGUGUCUAGGUGUGUGUGUUUAGGUGUGUGGGUGUGUAAGUGUGUGUGCAUGUGUAGGUGUGUGUGUGUGUGUAUGUGUAGGUGUGUGUGUGAGUUUGGGUGUGUGGGUGCGUACAUGCGUGGAUGUGUGUGUUUGUGUGUGUGCGCAUGUGGGGGCAGCAGCUGUCCACUGGCAUUUCAGCCGUGUCGUCAUAGUAGUAACAGGGGGGAUCAGUGUGACUGAGGGGGCUGCCUGCAGUCUCCUUCAGUGGGUUCACUCUCACUGUCCUCUGCCCAGCCCUCCACGCCCCACUACUCUCCCUGCCUCUGCCCCAGCCCGGGCCCACGGCUCCACCAUGGCCGACCAGUACCAGUACAACACCAACGAGGAGAAGAUUGUGAAGGACAGCCACACCAAGGAGAUCGACCUGAUCAACAGAGACCCUAAAUUUAUCAAUGAGGAUGUGAUCAAGGUAGGUAAACCAUGACGACGCCACCCACUCACACACACACUGGAUCUACAGGAUGAACUCCUUUUUGCCUCAAGGAAAGACAAGUUUUAAACUUUAGUUUAAAAUUAAGUCUAAAGUCUAAACUUAAAGCCAACACAUUACACUAUAGUAUGUUGCUGUGUUGCUACCAUGAAGGUCCCAAAAUAGUCCCAGGCCUAUUCCUUGUGCCCCAGAACGGCACGCAGUGUUUAUUUCUGGAGUGGGGCUAAAGGGGUGUGACAGACAGGGAUAUUAUGAGGCGGUUUCUUUUCAGAGCUUUAUCACUGUUUUUCCUGUGUUUGUCGCCAUGUUUACAUACAGUAGUAUCUAUCAUGCUCUAUAUUUCCCCAGAGCUCAGGAGAGCAUGGAAGGAGAUAGUCUACUGCUGGGCUAAACAGGGCGUAUGGAAAAACCUUCAGUGACUUGAGUGAGUCAUCUGUUAAGUAUAGCUCGUACAGUGGGGUCCGAAAUUAUUGACACCCUUGAUAAAGAUGAGCAAUAAUGGCUGUAUAAAAGAAAACAUUUAAAUACUGAGCUUUAUUGUAUGCAAAAAAAAUUAAUAAAAAAGGGAAAUUAUAUUAUUUUAUACUAAUACAAUUGCUCAGAGAAAGUAAUAUUUAGUUUUUCUCAAAAAAGUAGUGAUUAUUGACACCCCUAAAGAUUCGUAUAAAUAAUUUAAUCAAAAGUUUAGUAUUUGGUCUCAUAUUCCUAGCAUGCAAUGACUACAUCAAGCUUGUGACUCGUUGGAUGCAUUUGCAGUUCGUCUUGGUUAUGUUUCAGAUUAUUUUGUGCUCAAUAGAAAUGAAUGGUAAAUAAUGUAUUGUGUCAUUUUGGAGUCACAUUUAUUCAAAAUAAGAAUUUCUAAACACUUCUACAUUAAUGUGGAUGCUACUAUGAUUACGGAUAAUCCUGAAUGAAUCGUGAAUAAUGAUGAGUGAGAAAGUUACAGAGGGUAAAAGAUCGUACCCCCAAGACAUGCUAACCUUCCCUGUUAUUGAUAAUGGUUAGCAUGUGUCGUGACGAGACUUUCAAUAUUGUGAUGACUAUAAUUUAUCGAAUAAUUACCUACUAUGUUUAAUUGUUACUAGAUUAAAUUAAUCAUGUAACAAUUAAAUAAUUAGCAAUUUGGGGCACCACGGGAAAAGUUGUUUAACGAGUUAGCGUUUCCCGAAUUAACUCUAAAGAUAUCUAGAUAUCUCUUAUCAUUUAACAGUAAAUUAUUAAUCAUUUACCUCAUAUCAGUCUAAUUCUGAAAGUCGUAGACUCUUUAAGUCUUCACGAACCCGGGUCUUACUGAUCAUUCCAUACCACACAAAUUGAUUUAAUUAUUUAUUUACUAACUAAUUAAAAUGAUAACACAAGAUACAAACACAUUAGAAGUUAAUACAAUGAAAACGGGUCCCUAGCGGACUAACACAAUAUAACACUUGUUACAACAGAUGGCAAGUUGAAGACAGAGCGAGAGAGAGAGAAAACACUUGGAUACACAUGGAACUACGCUCACAGUAAUCCUAAUACCUUUCCCCAAACUGCCGCCUGUUUGGUAAGAAGUAAUGCAUGUAUUUACGUGUUGGUGGUCUUCGUCGUGUAUCUCUGUUGGACCCAGGCCUUCGUGGAUAGGGUUCAAUUGGGCCUUCUCUUUCGGAUGGGCCUUAGAUGGCUUUGAUUGUCCACAAGAGGUCACAAUGUCCUUCUUCUUAGUUGUCUGUUUACUUUCACUCGUUUUGGAUGUGGUCUUCUGAGGAUGGCUAAUCAGCCAUGUCGAUGAUCCCCUGUGGGGUGAUGAGAGCAGUGUAGUAGACGAUGGUUGGAAGAGAGUAACAUGAUGGUCCCACUUAAAUUCACCUUCUUAGAUACAGUAUACUUAGAACAGCUACUCAGCCGUAACAUUGAUUGUUAGUGGAGGCAACUUUGUCAUCUUCACCUCGUGUUGAUUUUCAGGGUCGGGACCAAUAUGGACCUCGCUGCAGCUUGAGGUCCGUCUAGUCUCCUGGUUAAUUCUUAACUCAAUCUUUUAUGCACUGGUAAAGAGGGCGUUUAUGUCAUGCGGCCACUCUUUCUGAGCUCCCGUGGGCGUGGCUAGUUACUGGGGCAAAGUAUUCUGAACAGUAUGAUUUCGUUAAAGAACCAAAAUCAUCUUUCUAUCUUUAUAAAAAUAUUAUAUUUUUCCUGGAUCUUUCCUACACAUUGUAAUGGAUGCAAACUUUAAAUGCACAGUAUGAAAGCUCCUCAAGUUACAAUGUUUUCGUUAUAACGUUUUUAUAAAAGUUUUAAUGACAUCACAAAAUAUACAUUAAUUUUCCAAAUUCCCUCUCUCAUCACUCCCAAUAUUCGGAUGUUGAAAUAUAUUGUUCCAGUGUCCACCUUUGGUUGUUUAAAGUUUUGGGCGGCAAUCUGUCCCUGUAACACAGACACAUUCAGAUCGCCAAUACUAUGGAACAACAAGGAGUUAGUUGCUCCAAACCAUUUGGUGCGAGGGGUCAUAACUGCCCUCCCCCCCAACAAUCUCUCCUUUGUUCUGCAGGAGAGAGAGAGAGAUCUGUAGACUGUUGCUUCUCUGUAUUCCGAUCUUGGGCUUCUCACGUGAAACCAUCACAUGAGAGUCAUGACAGUCCCCCUCUGGUGGGUUCCAACCUUGGACGUAUUCUGCAAGUUAUAAUCCACCAAGAUGUCCGGUGUGUGGCUCCUUGUAGCACCCCCCCCCCCCCCCCCCCCCCCCUUCUGGUGAUUUAUCCUGGUAGGAUUUCUGCAAGCUGCAGGCCACCACCAGAAUGGACAGGGGAGGUCCGGAUUGUGGCUGGCCGUUCCUGACCCGUCGUCCGGUAGUCCAGGCUAGUGGAUCUAGGCAGUGACUUAGACAGACGUUAAUAACGCACACCACUCACUAAAUACAUCAUUACAUUUCUUCCCCAAAUGAGCAGCGCUGUGGCACUAACUGGUGGUUGUAUGGGGAACUUGUUUGUGGCUCUAUCACGUCCUGUCAAAGGAAAUGCAACAAAAAUCAACAAAAACACAAACAAAAGAUAUACAAAAUAUAGUGACCACACCUUAAUCAUCUAAUUGGACUAUGUUCUAUAUACGUCCCAUGUCUUGGCUAAAUCACUCUAUCAUGGCAUUGUCUCUAAUGUCAUAUCUAGGGCGAUUCUAAUUGAAGGUGGGUAGUUAAGGCACUCUCUAAAAUGGCACCCUGAAGGAAAAGCUUGCAGUGGGGACACUACAGGGCUGACCUAGCGGACUCUGGAGAAGAGGCUGUGGAUGGACCACCUGAUGGCGUUUCAGGAUCUAUUGCCAACUUUCCAAAAAUCGGGAUUGCUUCCGUCCCACCGGUGAUCCUGACAUAAGAACUCAUUAGGUCUUCCAUUGCGCGUGUGUGCCUGUGUACAUAGUAGGUGCACACGCCAAGGGCAAUAAGACCAAGGAUCAUGGUAACACUCAGAAUACUGUCCGGCACCGUCCAAGAGCGGGUGUCAGACCAAUCUUUCGGCUUGUAGUCAGUCGGGUCAUCUAAGAGUGCCUCAUCCAGUAUGCUAAGAUCAACAGUCAUUGAUCCCUUGUACUGGAUUUGGUUUUGAAUGGUCUGGGGUAACUCAAGGGAACGUUUAGCAAAAGCGUCAGGCAUUUCAAUAUCUGUGUCUAUCCUGUCGUCGGGAAGUUGGUAUAGGGCUAGGUCGUCUAUGUGGAUAAUCGCCCCUUCUGGUACCUUAACAAAAACAGUCUGGUUGGGGAGGUUCAGUUGGGUGGUUGAGUCAUGGUGUUUGUAAAUCAUAGUGGUGGACGUGAAUGGGGUGUUAACCAGCCAUCGAUUCCCUAGCAUCUCCACCUGUGUGGUGGUGACCCCAUCCCUUGCUGUUAGUUUGGCUCUACAGUGUUCUUCGCUGGCGAAAGGCUUAAGUCCACAAAGGUGCUCAGUGUUAUCCCUGACGAAUGGUUUGCUAGGACAAAGGUAGUGGACGUCUUUGGUUAGAGUACACAUUAACAGGUUAGGGGUAAGAUAGAAAUCUGGAUUGUGUUCCUGAUAAGCUACGACUGGCGGUGUGGUGAUUUUCACAUGGGUGCUGUCGCGCCAAAACCCUACGUUUAGAACCGUUUUCAAUCUAUAGAUAUUCUCCAGUUCAACAACCGGUAGAGUCAGUAAAAAUCUCACUUCAUUACGAUUAACAUCAACAUGUAUUUGAAUUGCCGACCCCAGACAAUAGGCCAAAUGUGACUGUAAUGGCUUUAUCGUGGUUGUGGUAGCUGAGGUCAAUAUGUUGUGCACCAUUGAGAGGGGCACUAGAUAUUAGGGGAUUCUAUUUAUGGCCAAGUGGUCCAUAGAAGAGCUAACUUCACGGAGAAAAUCCUCCAACAAUAAUCGAACCAAUUGGACAUGGGCAUAGUCAUGGUUCAUGACCUCUACUAGCUUUCCUACCGACAGGAGGGUUUUGUUCAGGAGAGUAGCGUGUGUGUUUACCACCUGAAUAGUGUCCUGGAGAGACUUUCCCAUAUGCUGCAACAUGAGUGCCUGUGAUUUCAUCUGCUGCUGGAUAAGUGGCAUCUCUUCAGUAAUCUCCCUAACAUUUAUUUUGACUGUGGCUAGACUGACUGCGUUGACAGCAGUGGUGCCUAGAGCAAAUAGUAACCCUACGGCUGCACCUAUUGAGAGUAGAGCCCCGACAAAUCGUUUCUCUCGCCUGGGCUCUGCUAAUUCUGAAUGGGUGACUGUGAACUUUUGGAGUUGGGCCAACAUAUGGGCAGUGUCUAGCUGGGCGUGCUUAACUGCCUGGGUGGUCCAGUCAGCCCCGGCCCAUCUCAAAUGUUCCGCAGGUGGAAUGUGUUGGCGGUACACAUUCUCUGCAUCUAGGCGGACGUACACCCUCUGCGUGUGCACUCUGCAGUUGGUUAUAAGGAGUCCUGGAUCAUCACGGAGAACGAUUCCCGUAGGGGGUCCGCUUGUGAGUACAUCUGCUGGAUUGGUUUUGACCAGGGAGCAGAGUGUCAGGAUCGGCCAAAGGAACUCCAUCCUACAAAAAUGUAUAAUUAGAGAUAUUGUUUGAUUAUUUCAGUUAUAUAUAUAUAUUUUGAUAAACUAAAACGUUUUGACAACAAAUUUAGCUGAUUUUCCUAUUUCGAACAGUACAAUAUCAACAAUGGCAACGAAACGUUUCUCUUGUAGCUGGGAAGAGAAGAAAAUAUGUUAGUGCAACGUACUGAUUUCCUGGAAGGGAUCAGCUGAGGUACAACCCAGCACUAAGGCAGUGCUCUGAGAAACCUACUUCCAAAAAUAACGUCUUGUCUUUGUUGGGGUAGACCAGGCAGGGUGCCGCACAAAGCAGGUCUUUCAAGGAAGUCACAGCUUCGUCGUGAGUGGCAUCCCAAACGAACGGGGUGUCUUUCUGAAGAAGACGGGUCAAAGGCUUUGACAAGUCUGCAUAAUUUUCGAUGAACUGACGGGAGUAAUUACAUACUCCCAAGAAGCUGCGGACCUCAUGAAGGUUUACAGGUGUUUUGAUGUUGCAGACUGCUUGGAUUCUGCUAGAUUGUGGCAGGAUGCCCUCACCACCCACCAGAAGUCCAACAUAGUUGACAUUGGUCCUGCACCAUUGUCCUUUCAUGAUAGCCAGUUUAGCCCCAGCCGUUCCUAGUUGGGUAAGAACGUGGUCCAUCUCGUUUAGGUGAUAUGACCAGUUCCCCUGGUGGGUGCAUCUGGCAUUGCCUUGUGCAGGAAGAUGUUGAACUCUGCGGGGGAGUUCGAAUACCCGAACUGGCAACGAUUGAACAUGAAGAGCUUGUUAGAGAAAGAGAAAGACAACUUGUGUUGGUCACGAGGUUCGACUGUCAUGGUCCAAAAACCAUUCGCCACAUCGACAGUGGAGAAGUAUUUGGCGUUUGCCACCUUUGGCAACUCUUGGUCGAGCUGUGUCAUAGGCCAACGAGACAACGGAACCAGCUUGUUGAGUUGUCUAUAGUCAAUGGUAAGACGCCAUUUACCCAUUGGUUUCAAAACAGGCCACACCGGAGCGCUGUACGUACUGUUACAUUCCCUGAUUAUCUGUUUAGCUAGUAGGGAGUCGAUAAUCUCCUUUACCGCUGAGUAUGCUGCAAGCGGAAUUUUGUAUUGUCUCACAAACGUAGGAGAUGCCCCGGGUGGUGUAGGAAUACGCACCACAUGAAUAUCCGUAACACCGCAAUCCAGCGAGUCUGUCGACCAGAUCUGUCUGUGUUUGUUAAACAAUUCCCGCAACUGAUUUCUUUCAGUGUCAUUGACAAGUGCGUCUGACAGUAGCUGUAGUACCUGUGCAUGGAAACCAGGAUGCGGUUCGGCGGCAUUGUACAGGUCUUUCUCAGGGGGUGAUGGCAUGUCAAUGGUGGGGGAAUCAUCGGCUGUUACCUCAUUAGUGUGUACCUCACAUGCAGAAGGAGAUGCGGUAUCAUUCUCCGUGAUGAUGGAGUAUAUCAACAGCUCGUUGUCCGAAUCGACAUCCAUCCUGAAUGUCGAUAUGUCGCCAAGUGGCAAUACGGGAGUUAUUGCGAUUGCCUUUGACUGACAAGUAAAAAGCAUCCCUCCCUCACCACAUAGGUCUAGGUAGGAAGGAAGAGGCCCAAUGACGGGAACAGUAAUUUCAAAAUCAUGGAAGGAGUCAUCAAUCAAUGUUCCCAGCUGAGUGUGCCGAGGAACAGAAAUAUCCGCUUGAAUCAGAUUCUGCACCAAGAGGUAAGUGGAUCUAGCGUGUAGCUCCAACAGCGGGUUACCAUUGAUAGUUAGCCCCAAGUCGAAUAGUUGCGGAGAGGGUUGGAAGAACGCAGUGGUGCCUUCCAUCCGGUAGCCGGGCGCCAGGUUCAGUCUUAUAGAAACCUCUGUGGUUCUUGCCUGUAUCACCACGGUGGACUCAGUUAUCACUUUACAAGCUUCAGGAAUAGUCUGCCCGGAUGCCAUCCGCACAGGGUCGAAAUAAAAGGCGUGUUGGGCUGGCUGCGCCAAAGACCAAAGAACUUGGUGUAUGGUAUUGAGUUUAACACCCAAUCUUACCAAAAUGUCCGCUCCCACGUAGGAGGUUCGCGACAACCAGUAGGUAGUGAGAUACUUCCUUGGUUCCGAUGUGGAGUGAUAGCGCACAUACUCAUAAAGCGGUGAGUGUCGUCUGGGGAGUCAUUUCCAGUGGGAAUCUGAAUGUUUUCGGAACAAGGGGGUGGCAGUGAACAUGUCGUUGAACAUUUCCAAACUGAUUGCAGAUUUUUCCAACCAGGUUUCCAGUAUGGCAUCCUCAAUCAUUGUGCCGUUUAGGCACACGCCACCUAUCAGUGGAGGGCGGUAUAUGUCAGUUGGUGAUUCACCCAAGCCACACAGGAAAACCCCAUGUUCGGUUAAUUUCCUAGUUGAACUUGUCACCCUAUCAUUUGCCACUCAUGACCAAGUUCACCAGGGGUACGUCAGUUGUUGUCGCCGAACCCUCGUCGUUGCAUAAUGUAUUGCAUGUAUUCUUCGACGAAGGCGGUGGGGUCAAUGGAAAUGGCAUAGUUAUUUGUGACCAGACUUGGUUGGUUUUCCAAUCCAUCAGUGGUACCAAACAGUCAAUUAAAUCUAUCCCAAUCAGCAUAUGUUCGGUGUCAAUGCUAGUCAUGUACACAGGGUGGAUAAGUGACACGCUUUUGAAAGUCAGUUUUAGUAGGAGGCGCUUGGUUAAAGGUGAUGUAGCCUGAGUGAAACCUCGAAAUGUAGUGUCGCAACAUUCCGUUUUUAACCAACGUUUUGCUGGGUCCACUGCUCUUUUGAGUUCAUCCAGCAAAGUUUGAGAUAUGAGGGAAAUAGUCAAAUCUAUCAAACAGUCCUCUAAGACUGCUUUGAGGUAUGACCUGUUCGAAUUGGUUUUUCUGUUCAUACAGUGCCUUGCAAAAGUAUUCAUCCCCCUUGGCGUUUUUCCUAUUUUGUUGUAUUACAACCUGUAAUUUAAAUGGAUUUUUAUUUGGAUAUCAUAUAAUGGACAUACACAAAAUAGUCAAAAUUGGUGAAGUGAAAUGAAAAAAAUAACUUGUUUCAAAAAAUAACGGAAAGGUGGUGCGUGCAUAUGUAUUCACCCCCUUUGCUAUGAAGCCCCUAAAUAAGAUAUGGUGCAACCAAUUACCUUCAGAAGUCACAUAAUUAGUGAAAUAAAGUCCACCUGUGUGCAAUCUAAGUGUCACAUGAUCUGUCACAUGAUCUCAGUAUAUAUACACCUGUUCUGAAAGGCCCCAGAGGUUAUUCGUGUCGGCCCCGUAGGUUAUCCGUGUCGAUUUCCAAGACAUAUAACCCACCUUCGUUACCCAGUGGGUCCUCUAUCAGAAUGGGAGAGGAAUCAACCGUUGCAAUGCUACUUACCUUGUGCGUCUCCACAUCUGUAUCAGAGUCUGUAAACAAAACCUGUGGGCUUGUUUUUUGAUCGAGCAGGCCCUGGAUAUGGUUUGGAGUGAGUGCUGGGAUAAUUUGAUCAUUCCCAUCCUCGCAAAUGGUGUUAAUUUCUGCGGACCUGUUGUUCGCAGAGUCCACGCCUAGUCAUGGCGACUUAUCUUUGUCCUGUUUGUCCUUUUUGUAGGUUGGGGGCAGGAAUGUGGUGGCCAUGUUGAUCGUUACGAUACCGGUUUGGUUGGGAACGUUCGGUAUAGUUAGUUUUACCACUAAGGUUAUUGGUUUGGUUGUUUUGUGGUAGGUACCAUUUUUGUGUGUCAUUACUCACCGCUCUUAUCCUUGUUCCGCACCCUCUAACUGGAGUGAGUGCUCCUGCUCAAUAUUGAAAACCGAGACAUUAGGGCUCUUAGAGCGGCUCACUUUUGAUGCCUCAAAAGCUUUGCUUGCAAGCUCUCUAAGUUCUGAGAUUGGCAAAUUUAUGUUGGCUGUAGGGCCCAAGUAGUUAAUGAAGGUGGGAUACGUUUGACAGAAACAUUUCUAUUUCAGUGAGUAGGCUAAAGUAAGCUGAACGGAGCCUAUGAUAGUAUGCUUGUGGGUGUUCGCUUCGUGCUUGUUUGACAGUGUUAGCCAGCAUGCUGUCGUGUUUGUGAGUCGCAGAACCACUAAAUUCUAUUGUUAAAGCUGUGGCAAGUUUCAUGUAGUAGUUUUGCACAGUAUGUUGUUGUAGGCGGAUGAACCUAGUCACGUGUCUAUUCAACGUUCGCUUCAACAGGUAAAGCUGGUCACUAUCUGUAGUGUUUGGGUAGCCAUCCAACGCAUCCUCUAGGUCUGCUAGGAACGUCUCAGGGUCGUUCAGCUUCCCUGGUGUGGGGUCAAAGGUGCGGAAGGUCUUGAUGAUCUUAUCAAGGCGUUCUGUGCCUAGUGCGCAGGGAGGUUUUGCAUCAUCCUGUGGGUAAGAAUUGGCCGAAAGGCCAAGAGGAGAAACCAAGCCUUGGUCUGGUUGGCGAGGAGGCGCCAUAUUACUCUGUGCCAAACGGCCAAGAGGAAAAGACUGAGGGACACCUGAGAAAUGUAAAGGCUGAAACCUUCUGUCUUCUUCACUCCUUUGUGUACCAAACUCUGGUUGCGAGCUUGGUUGUUUGGCUGUUCGGAAUUCCUCCAGAUGGUUUCUAAGGGUGGUAUUCUGCUGCAUAGCAGAGUCCACUUGAGUACUUAUUUUAGACAUGUGAGUGUCGCACUUGCUCCGUUCGGUCUCAUACUUAUCUAUCAUGGUUUACAGGGAGAGGUUUUGAGUCUGUAGCAAGAUAUUCAGUGAUGAGAUUUCCUCUGCUUGGUUGGAGUUCCAUUUUCCCACCUUCCUCACCUGGGUUUUCUCAUCAUUCAUUUGAUCAGUGACUUCAAUGAGAUCCAUUGUUUUUUCAUCCAACUUGGACAUUGUGUUCUUUAGCUGAUCAUCUGUGGUUUGCAGCUUUUGGACUAGAACCUUAUUGCUUUGAGUGGUGUCAUUCAACACUGCUUGCAUGGUAUCAAGUUGCUUGUCCCUGGUUUUAAGUAGGCUGUCAAAUUGAUCUAGUUUUGCGUGUACUUUGUCAUAUUUAGUCUUGGCUAAAUGGAGUUGUUCCUGAAGCAGACGAUUUUGUUCAAGAGUUUGUUCUCGUUCGUUGUCAUACGUUUUUGCCAGAUCUUUUAAUUGCUCCGUUCUCAAAUGCAGCUCCUCGGCUAGCAGUAUCUUGUCUUUGUCGGCUUUUGUCAUUAGCUUCCUGGUUCUCUCCACCUGUCCCUUCAUCUGAACAGUUUCUUGCUCGUGCUUCUGCUGAGUACAGCGGUAUUGAACCAAUGUCCAUCUCUGCUGGUGGGCAUAGUUCAGGGCUAAACUGGAGAGAAGCUUUACAAGGCCUGUGCCUGCUGGCCUAUUUUGGAGGGCGUCGGUCGCGAUAUAUGCAGUUUUUUCACUAAUGGCAUUGUGAUCUAACAUUCUCAACCCUUCGGCAUAGUUUGGGUUUGCAUCGCUGCUGAGGUCAGCGAUCAAUCUUUCUAUGGGUGAGGGUUCACUUAUUAGCGGGGGAAUGGUCUCCCGAGUGGCGCAGUGGUCUAAGGCACUGUAUCGCAGUGCUAGCUGUGCAACUAGAGAUCCUGGUUUGAAUCCAGGCUCUGUCAUAGCCGGCCGUGACUGGGAGACCCAUGGGGCGGCGCACAAUUGGCCCAGGGUAGGGGAGGGAAUGGCUGGCAGGGAUGUAGCUCAGUUGGUAGAGCAUGGCGUUUGCAAUGCCAGGGUUGUGGGUUCGAUUCCCACGGGGGGCCAGUAUGAAAAAAUAAAUAAAUAAUGUAUGCACUCACUAACUGUAAGUCGCUCUGGAUAAGAGCGUCUGCUAAAUGAUGUAAAAUGGAAUGGAUGGCACCCCCUCUGAUAGCUUUCUCAUUUUGAUGAUUAUUAGUUGUUUAAACGUAUGUAACAUUUUGGGUUUUGAGUCGUUGGAAGCUGCAAAAACUAUUUUAUUCGGUUUAUAGACGUCAAUGAAUCAUCAAUACUGGAUCAGUAAUGUGGGAGUUGGCUUUUAACGAACUUGCAAAAGCAAUUUUAAUUGAUUAAUCAAUGUUAUUGAUUAAUCAUACCUAUAUAGGCUAUCUGGGAAUUAAACUUUAAUUAACCUGAUAGCAUUGUUGUAUCUAGGUUAAAAUUGAAAAGUUUAAGUUGUCUCCUUUGUUGAACCAAAUCAAUCAGGAUCUUAUCCAAAUGAUCAACCUGAAAAGGUAUGUUUGGCAAUUUAACUUAUUAAAUUGAAUGAGACAAUGAUAUUCAAUCAUUUGAGAUUAGCUGGAUAUCCUAAGUGUAACCCGUUGUAACAGUGAGUUAAGAGUGUGCCCUCACAUUAAUUGUUUCAAAAACAAUUACUGGUGAUUCUUCACCACCAGAGGUUGCUGAUCGCAGAAAGCUGAAAUCAAACGGGAGUCCUGAGGGGCAGAACUUCCGUUGGAACAAAGGGAAAAAACAAAAAUGGCUGCUCUCCCUUCGUUAGCUUAGCAUCUAGUGCAAAGCUACCCUACUUGUACAGGGAAUUUAAUUUCCACGCACACACAGGGUCCCCUUUAACAAGGGAAGGGGUUUAUUAAUGAUGUCUCACGUUAACCCUUUCUGCGAUUAUUUUGCUAGCAAUGUACAGUGUGGAGUGUUUAGAAACCUAUUAUAUUAUUAUUUACAAUAAAAGUGACUCCAAAAUGACACAAUACAUUAUUUAGCAUUUCUAUAGUGCACAAAAUAAUCUGAAACCCAACCCAAAUGAACUGCAAAUGUAUCCAACAACUUUGUAGAGUCACAAGUUGAUGUAGUCAUUGCGAGCUAGGAAUAUGGGACCAAAUACUAAACCUUUGACUACUUUAUUUACAAUAAUCUUUAUGGGUGUCAAUAAUUUUGACCCCUACCUUUUAGAGAGAAAAAAAGUAUUACUUGUUAAACAAAAUCUCUAAAAUAAUAUAUUUUCCAAAAAAAAAAUCAGCAUACACUAUAGCUCAGUAUUUUUAUUAUUUAUUUUAUACAGGCAUUAUUGCUCAUCUUUAUCAAGGGUGUCAAUAAUUUUGGACCCCACUGUAUGUGCGAGGGCUGAGGGCCCUACUUCUCUGGAUUUUAUUGUGAAAUGUUUUGUACAUGUUAAGUAGAUGAUAGAGGAUUUACAGUGGCUUGCGAAAGUAUUGUGGUGAAUUAUUAUUAAUGAACUGUAGAGUUUAAUGGACUAUGAGGUAGAACUGGGUUAAUCAAGAGCAUAAAGUUAGAAUUCUUUGUUACUGGGCCAGGAAUUGUAUUGGGUCAUUUAAUUUCACUGUGUGGGUGAGUAGAGAGGGAAUCUGCCCUAGGGUAAGAUUGCUUGCUCUUACUUAGAUCCAUGGUUGUCUUAUCAUAUCAAAGACUGAAACUGGCUUGGGCCAUUUGUUUUUGACUUCAAACACAGUGAAAAGAGCCAGGGUUGAACAGAGUUUAAACUAAACAUGAGUGUUUUUGCAAGAUAAGGAUUGAUUGAUUGUAGUACUCUGAACUUAAUGAAAGUUUAGUUUAGCCGCUCUCAGAGACAAAGGAAGUGGGCGGAGCAAUAAAAGAGCGGGAAAACUGAAGAGGACUAUAUAAGUUGGAGGUAGACCGUAAGGGGGUGUGCCACUCUGCAGACUGGUAUCGGCUUUGUUGAAAACUUGAAUAAAGUCAUUUCUUGAUGCAACAAAAACUCUGUAAGACCUUAUUUGUAAUAAAGUAUAGUGGUUAUUUUCCACUACAGUAUUCACCCACAUUUGCAUUUUUGGUGGUUUGUAUUAUUUGAUUUACACAACAUGUCUACCACUUUGAAGAGGCAAAAUAUAUUUAAUUGUGAAACAAACAAGAAAUAAGACAAGAAAACAGAAAACUUGAGCGUGCAUAACUAUUCACUACCCCCCCCCCUGGGCUUUGACUAUUCCAAGACAUUUAAAUGUUUCCCCUUAAACCACUCGGUGUUGCUUUAGCAGUAUACUUAGGGUCAUUGUCAUGCUGGAAGGUGAACCUCCAUCCCAGUCUCAAAUCUCUGGAAGACUGAAACAGGUUUCCCUCAAGAAUUUCCCUGUAUUUAGCGCCAUCCAUCAUUCCUUCAAUUCUGACCAGUUUCCCAGUCCCUGCCGAUGAAAAACAUCCCCACAGCAUGAUGCUGCCACUACCAUGUGUUCUCAGGGUGAUGAGAGGUGUUGGGUUUGCGCCAGACAUAUCAUUUUCCUUGAUGGCCAAAAAGCUCAAUUUUACUCUCAUCUGACCAGAGUACCUUCUUCCAUAUGUUUGGGGAGUCUCCCACAUGCCUUUUGGCAAACACCAAACGUGUUUGCUUAUUUUUGUCUUUAAGCAAUGGCUUUUUUCUGGCCACUCUUCCGUAAAGCCCAGCUCUGUGGCGUGUACGGCUUAAAGUGGUCCUAUGGCCAGAUACUCCAAUCUCCGCUGUGGAGCUUUGCAGCUCCUUCAGGGUUAUCUUUGGUCUCUUUGUUGCCUCUCUGAUUAAUGCCCUCCUUGCCUGGUCCGUGAGUUUUGGUGGGCGGACCUCUCUUGGCAGGUUUGUUGUGGUGCCAUAUUCUUUCAAUUUUUCUUAUAAUGGAUUUAAUGGUGCUCCACGUAAUGUUCAAAGUUUCAGAUAUAUUUUUAUAACACAACCCUUAUCUGUACUUCUCCACAACUUUGUCCCAGACCUGUUUGGAGAGCUCCUCGGUCUUCAUGGUGCCGCUUGCUUGGUGGUUCCCCUUGCUUAGUGGUGUUGCAGACUCUGGGGCCUUUUAGAACAGGUGUAUAUAUUUACUGAGAAUAUGUGACAAAUCAUGUGAAAGAGCUGCAAAAUCUGGACCCCUACAAAUCAGCUGGGCUAGACAAUCUGGACCCUUUCUUUCUAAAAUUAGCUGCCGUAGCAACCCCUACUACUAGCCUGAUCAACCUCUCUUUCGUAUCAUCUGAGAUCCCCAGAGAUUGGAAAGCUUCCACAGUCAGCCCCCUUUUCAAAGGGGGUGACACUCUAGAUCCAAACUAUUACAGACCUAUAUCCAUCCUGCCCUGCCUUUCGAAAGUAUUUGAAAGCCAAGUUAACAAACAGAUCACCGACCAUUUCGAAUCCCACCGUACCUUCUCCCCUAUACAAUCUGGUUUCCGAGCUGGUCAUAGGUGCACCUCAGCCACACUCAAGGUCCUAAACGAUAUUAUAACCGCGAUCUAUAAAAGACAGUACUGUGCAGCCGUCUUCAUCAACCUGGCCAAGGCUUUCGACUCUGUCAAUCGCCGCAUUCUUAUUGGCAGACUAAAUAGCCUUGGUUUCUCAAAUGACUGCCUCGCCUGGUUCACCAACUACUUCUCAGAUAGAGUUCAAUGUGUCAAAUCGGAGGGCCUGUUGUCUGGACCUCUGGCAGUCUCUAUGGGGGUGCCACAGGGUUCAAUUCUCGGGCCGACUUUAUUCUCUUUGUAUAUCAAUAAUGUCGCUCUUGCUGCUGGUGACUCUCAGAUCCACCUCUACGCAGACGACACCAUUUUGUAUACAUCUGGCCCUUCAUUGGACACUGUGUUAACAAACCUCCAAACGAGCUUCAAUGCCAUACAACACUCCUUCCGUAGCCUCCAACUGCUCUUAAACGCUAGUAAAACUGAAUGCAUGCUCUUCAAUCGAACGCUGCUUGCACCCGCCCGCCCGACUAAAAUCACUACUCUCGGCGGGUCUGACUCAGAAUUUGUGGACAACUACAAAUACCUAGGUGUCUGGUUAGACCGUAAACUCUCCUUCCAGACUCACAUUAAGCAUCUCCAAUCCAAAGUUUAAUCUAGAAUCGGCUUCCUAUUUCGCAACAAAGCCUCCUUCACUCAUGCUGCCAAACAUGCCCUCGUAAAACUGACUAUCCUACCGAUCCUUGACUUCGGCAAUGUAAUUUACAAAAUAGCCUCCAACACUCUACUCAGCAAAUUGGAUGUAGUCUAUCACAGUGCCAUCAGUUUUGUCACCAAAGCCCCAUAUACUACCCAGUAUUGUGACCUGUACGCUCUCGUUGGCUGGCCCUCACUACAUAUUCGUCGCCAAACCCACUGGCUCCAGGUCAUCUAUAAAUCACUGCUAGGCAAAUCCCUGCCUUAUCUUAGCUCAUUGGUCACCAUAGCAACACCCACCCGUAGUAUGCGCUCCAGCAGGUAUAUCUCACUGGUCAUCCCCAAAGCCAACACCUCCUUUGGCCGCCACUCCUUCCAGUUCUCUGCUGCUAUUGACUGGAAUGAACUGCAAAAAUCUCUGAAGCUGGAGACUCUUAUCUCCCUCACUAACUUUAAGCAUCAGUUGUCAGAGCAGCUUACCGAUCAUUGCACCUGUACACAGCCCAUCUGUAAUUAGCCCACCCAACUACCUCAUCCCCAUAUUGUUAUUUAUUUUGCUCAUUUGCACCCCAGUAUAUCUAUUUGCACAUCAUCUUCUGCACAUCUAUCACUCCAGUGUUAAUACUAAAUUGUAAUUAUUUUGCACUAUGGCCUAUUUAUUGCCUUACCUCCAUAACUUACUACAUUUGCACACUGUAUAUAGAUGUUCUAUUGUGUUAUUGACUCUAUGUUUUUGUUUAGCCCAUGUGUAACUCUGUGUUGUUGUUGUUUUUAUCGCAUUGCUUUGCUUUAUCUUGUCCAGGUCGCAGUUGUAAAUGAGAACUUGUUCUCAACUGGCCUACCUGGUUAAAUAAAGGUGAAAUAAAAAUAAAAAUAAACUUAGAUUGCACACAAGUCUUAUUUAACUAAUUAUGUGACUUCUGAAGGUAAUUGGUUGCACCAGAUCUUAUUUAGGGGCUUCAUAGCAAAGGGGGUGAAUAUAUAUGCACGCACCACUUUUCCAUUAUUUAUUUUUUUAUUUUCACUUCACCAAUUUUGACUAUUUUGUGUAUGUCCAUUACAUGAAAUCCAAAUAAAAAUCCAUUGAAAUUACAAGUUGUAAUGCAACAAAAUAGGAAAAACACCAAGGGGGAUGAAUACUUUUGCAAGGCACUGUAUAUAGAAUGGAACACGUUCUAUAUUCCAGUAUUAUCCACACAAUCAUAGUAGUUUAAUAAGUUACAAUACAAGCUUGAAGUAUAAAAAACACUGUAAGGAAUUACAUUUUCCUUCUGUCAAAUCAUUCAUUUAAAACAAAGCUUGACCUCUCUGUUUUUUCAAUCUCAACUUCUCACCUAAAUCUUAAAAGAAAUGUUAUAUUCAAAUACUAAGUUUGGAAAGCAUGCCUACAACCAAUUUUAAAGUUGUGUUAAAAUGAAUAGACCGUGAUUCAGAAGUAGAACCUCUAAUAAUAUUUCAAAUUAUGGAAAUUGGUUUACAUCUGUUAGGCAUCUGUUGAUUGUAACAUCCCCCUUUUAUCAUCACUGACAAGUCAAUUACCAUUCAGAGUUGAGUUGCAGAUGUCUAUGCAACAGUGAGCCAGGAUUCUUUAAGGACCAGGUGUUGGAUACUGACUACAACAAGCAAUUACAUGCAUUUUACAUGAAGGACUAUGCAUAUUCAUCAAGAGUGUGAAACUGUGGGAUAUUUUGAGCUACACUAGCACUGACAUAAAUGCAAAGUAACAAACAAUCACCAUAUGAGGGUGAAAGUUGACAGGGUUCUCAUCACUCAUAAAUAAACAAAGACUAUAGGCUCCUUUUCAGUACACAACACGCUGACGUCACGCGCUGACUUUUGGAAGCAGAAAGAAAGCCAUCCCCAUCUGCGCCCAUUCAACAUAGACCACAUUUACAUACUGUAGUUAUUACUUCUAAACAAAACAACUUUUUUGGGUUCUCAUACGCUUACAAUGUUAUUUUGAUUAUUGCUUGAGCAGUUGCUAAGAUUAUAUUUGGUUGUGAUCUUUGCAAAAUACCUAUUUUGGAUUGCUAACGCUCAUUGAUAUAGUCUGUAGCAAAGUUAGCAAAGGGCAUUUUUACUGGUUGAAGUUGAAGUGGGCCUCCUGUAGCUCAGUUGGUAGAGCAUGGCGCUUGCAACGCCAGGGUUGUGUGUUCGAUUCGCACGGGGGGCAAGUAUGGAAAAUGUAUGCACUCACUAACUGUAAGUCGCUCUGGAUAAGAGCGUCUGCUAUAUGACUAAAAUGUAAGUGUUUUUUUUUAACGUAUAAUGCCAGUUGAUGGGUAACGAUGACACACACAUUAUAUUAAGCAGGACAUUCAUACAAGCUUUACAAUCCAAUCAUAAUCUAAAAUAGUGUGAAAUGCACUCAUAAGCAACAUGUAAAUGGAGGCUUUUUAGCUAGCAGUCUAUGAGAACUCCCUGUGUCCCUCGUGUGGCAAUGUUUGCAAACACAGAAAGGGGUCUAUAUGUUAGUACACUGAACAGAUGGAAGUGUGGUAUAGGCCCUCAGUAUAGCUGUGUUUAUUUCAUUCACUAUGUAUCCCAGGCACUACUGAUGAUAACUGUCAUGUUGCUAAGUCACAACAACACAUUUAUUUUUGCAUAAUCACAUCCAUUGAUUUGUUAGGAAACUGGGCAGGGAUUCAAUCAAAGGUGCACUGUUGCCAAGCGCCUUGCUCUUGACUUUAAAAGGGAAUUUACACUUGAGCCGACAGUCACAGCAUUUACCAUGACUUCUCUGUGUACAUUACAAAAAUUGCCUUCAAAAGGCAUACAGUGCAAUGGGUUUGUUGAUUGAAUCCUGGCCCUGGUGUUAGGUACUCAGAAAACACUAGACUUUCUUUCAUCAGUGAGAAUACACUAACGUCGUCCAUGGUAUUCCUUCCCUGUAGGUGGAGUUUGAGGAUGUAAUCGCAGAGCCUGACGGCACACACAGUCUGGAUGGGGUGUGGAAGCUCAGCUACACCACCUUCACCGUGUCCAAGUACUGGUGCUACCGCAUCCUGUCAGCUAUCUUCGGCAUCCCCGUGGCUCUUCUCUGGGGCUUCCUCUUUGCCUGCAUCUCGUUCUGUCACAUCUGGGCCGUGGUGCCCUGCAUCAAGAGCUGCCUGAUCGAGUCCCAGUGCAUCAGUCGCAUCUACUCCCUCUGCAUCCAGACCUUCUGUGACCCCUUCUUUGAAGCCCUGGGCAAGAUCUUCAGCAGUGUGAAAGUGGCCCUGCGCAAAGAGGUCUAGACAGUCACACCAGAGGUGGCUGGUGAGGGGAGGAUGGCUCAUAAUAAUGAAUGGAAUGGAGUGAAUUGAAUGUUAUCAAACCAUGUGUUUAAUGUGUUUGAGACCAUUCCAAUCAUUCCGUUCCAGCCAUUACUGUAAGCGUGUCCUCCCCAUUUAAAGUGCCACCAGCCACCACUGACUCACACCCACCACAGUGUUUACAUGUGUUUGGAUGAAAUGUUGCACCCUUUUUGUCUGCCAGAUCAGAUGACCAGUCCUGGUGUCCUCAUCUUUCCCAAGACACCCCCCGUUACCCUCACCCCGCCCGAAGCUCUGGGCAUCACCCUGCCCGUCUUGCCUUUUGAGUCCUGA